AUGGUCUCCUUGAAAACGUGCUUCUUAAUAUUCGCAUCAAAUGCGAUUGUGAUUUUGUAUUUCUCAUGUGAUUAUAGCAAAAGUAUUUCCAAAAAUAGCGAUAUAUUUGGAAUCGGAAAUUCGAUUGACGCCGAUUUUCCAAUUAUAUUCUACAAUGAGGCAUAUCUCGAUUACAGGUAUAAAACACCACGUUUACGUGUAUUUGCAAUGAACCCGUGUUUUCCUGAUGAAUAUUUUUUAUCAGCCGAAAUCUUUUAUCAACAGAUACGACUCUACGGAACUCCUACGGAAGGUGAAUGCCCUUGGCAUUGGGCCAAAAAUUGUUAUUACAACUCGUUCAUAUUCUCAAGUAGAGAAGUAAAAAUAUAUCUUGGCUUUCGAUCAAUCCUUUUGAAUAUCAAAAUUGUGCCGAAACAGAAAAUAUCAGGCUUGACAAUUUGUGUUCAGCCGGUGUAUUGGUAUUCCCAACCUCAAAAUGUUCUUCUUUUCUUUGAGGCUUGGAUUGCUCAAGGAGCAACUCGAUUCAUAGCUUAUUUUCAUUCUUCAACGCCAGAUGUCGAUAAAAUAUUAUUACAUUAUCAGAGAAAGGGCAUUUUAAAAAUUAAACCGUGGCCUAAAUUCGGAAAGUAUUCGAAAUUCUCGUCAUCAAUCUAUCCCGAGUUUGAUUCUUCAAUUUAUCGCGUUGGUCACACAUUGGCUCAAAACCUUUGCAUUAUGGAUAUCGAAACAUCACUAGCAUCUAUUGUAGACUUUGACGAAGUCAUUACAUCAAAAGAUUCAAGAAUCAAAGAUUAUUCACAAAUUACAAUGAGUAAAAACAAAAAAAUUGGAGCUAUAAGCUUUCCGCACUUAUUAGUCAAAUUAGUUCCAAAAAUCGACAAUUUCAAUUAUUCUGGUCUAUUAAAUCCAAUAUUUCUGGAUCGAGAGGGUCCUCCAAAACUAAUUUUCAAGACCUCAGAAAUCGAUAUAAUCUCAACACAUAAUGUUCGGUCAUUUAUAAAAAACUCUUCUACCGUUGAACAGGGUGCCGGCGUUUUGCUUCAUUUUCGUCAUAAUAGUUAUACGGAAUAUCACAGCAAGCAAGUUACGAAAUCGUUUAAAUUUUUUACCGGUGAUCAAUUAGCCCAUAUUUCGAAAUUACAAAAACAGGUUUCUACUAUUUUUGGUCCUGUUACCCCUUCAUUCGACCCUUCUAUCCUUCAUAAACUCAAUAAGUGCAUCAACCGUUUGGUUUCGGAAAACAAAUGUCGGAGUACUGUGGCCUAUUGUCAUCAAGACCUCAAUACAGCCGCGUUGUGGGUUUUCGAAAAAUCCGCCAAAAAGAUUUUUGUCACUUAA